AGAUGUUGGCAAUCAUCAUUCUCGGUCUCAUCGGCGCCACGGCAGCCCAGGACGAUUUUUUUGAGACCUAUGGCUACACGAAGGCCAUAGCAAACUGCCUCGGGGAUGACGCUUAUUACAGCUAUUUGGGGGAAGUGGCGAGAGCAGAGAGGCAGUGUAAUGGCUACCUGCCCAACUACGGGAGUGUACUACCUACAUCCCCGACCUUCACGGCCAUUGUGAACACCCUGGGGGUCCCUGGAGCCUUCCCGCCGGGGUCUUUCCCUGGACAGUUCCAGUACACAGGAUUUCAGCCUCCAGUUGUCAACGGCAAGAAGAAGCGCCAGGCGGGCCAGGGACCCAUCUUCGACGCCGUGGCUCUCAGCGACGCCAUCGGGAAGGUGCAGGCCGCCAUCGGGAACUUCACCUGCGUUCUGAGGCUCCUGAAUGCGAUCGACGACAACUUCAACAUCAACUACCAACAAUCCGUGAACAUCUACAGCACCGUCGUUGCUGAUCCUAACCUCCGAAACGACCUCAUAACCGGAAUUUCAUUCUGCAGGGACUUCUCGACCUGCCUCCCCGUGGAGCGCCUCGGUCCCCCAUCCCCGCCCAGCUGCAGCGCAUCAUGGCCUUCGUCAAGUGCGAGAGGAGGACCCGCCUCGCCGCCUGCUUCAAGCACGACCUGCGCAGGAACAUCAACCAGUUCGACCUGUCUGUCCUGCCCAGCGGCGGCGGCGGCGGCGUCCGACCCGACGUGAUUGGGCAGCUCAUGACGAUUCUGAUAGGCUCCGAAUCCGCGGACGAUUUGCGGCUCUACUGAGGACCGCGAUGGGGAUGGAGAGAGCGGGAGAUCCGAAGCGCGACGGGAGGAGAAGUCAUCGGGGAAGGGGGCUUCGGGGUCGGCUUUGACCCGGCUUGGGCUCCUUCGGGUCUUCUCGGCUGUGUGUCAGCUGUUUUGUCGCUUUGGAAAAUUUGUUCAAACAAAAUUAUGUAAAGAGGAAAGCGCGGCCCCCAAAACAUAUUCGUUACACACACACACACACACACACACACACACACACACACACACACACACACACACACACACACACACACACACAACACACACACACACAAUACCUACGUGUGAGUGUGUGUGCAUUAAAAGAACACGUUUCGUUUCGUUUCCCAUCUCAUUGCUCAACUUGGUACAAUACAUUGACGAGAAAGGAAUGUGCACUCUAUUUUUAAAAAUUAAAAUGCAGUUUUUACAA